AUGCCCGUACUGAUAGUUUUAUUCCUAUUGAAUGCACACAAUAAUUUAUCUCUUGAACGACGAUAUUUAGUGAUAGCAUUUCUCUUUUCUUGGUUCGGCGAUCUAUUAUUAAUGCAAAAUCGAAAUGAUCUAUUCCUCUUUGGUUUGGUUUCGUUUUUACUUGCUCAUAUUAGUUAUAUUAUUGCAUUUAUGGUUCGAAUUCAAUAUGGUGAACCUGAAUUAAGACGCCAAUUAACUGUGUCUAAUAUGAUAAUCAAAUCAAUUCCGUUUUUAGCCUAUAUUGCCCUCAUGCUUUGCAUACUUUCUCCAAAAUUGAAUACAAACACGGAAGAAACGAAAGGUUUGCUCGUACCUGUAGUUCUUUAUACUUUUGUGGUCGUUGGCAUGACUUACACAUCUUAUUUACGUGAUAGAAAAGCUCCAGGUUUUUGGACUGUCUUCGCUGGAGCCGUAUUUUUCGUUUUAUCAGAUUCGCUCAUAGCUCUCAAUAGAUUUGUUAUGCCUUUGCCUACACCUGGUCUAUUCGUUAUGUUCACAUAUGGUUUAGGUCAAUACUUAAUUGCGGUCGGUUCUUUACAAGUAGCUGAUAAAAAUGUAAAAAUAUCCUGA